GGCGUCGGAGCGCGCAGCUGCUGUCGUCGGCGAGCGCGACCCCGACCUUGCUGCCGCUGUGUCGUGCGUUACGUUGGCCACGAGCGCGAGCGAGGCGCCUUCUUCUCGUGACGGCGUGCCGCCGCAUUGUUUGCUGCCGCAGCGGGACCCGACCUGUAGGUUUCGUUACCGUUGAAAAAGAGCGUACUCUUGGCUGUCGCGUUGGUAUACGGCGACCUCCACGUCAUGCUGACUGGACCAAUGCAGAACACGCUUCGUCGAGUGCUGAGGCCCUCGCUGUUCGCCGCCAGCCACUGUACGUCGGUGCGCAAUGCUUCGCAGGGAGCGUCGGACAACGACCUCCCGAGGGUGCUCAUCACAGGUAGCUUGGGGCAGCUCGGAACGGGAUUGGCUCGACUACUAAGGAAGAAGUACGGAAAAGAAAACGUCAUCAUGUCUGACAUAGUGCGGCCUCCCAAGAGCAUCCUCGCGGAAGGCCCGUACGUGUACGCGGACAUCCUGGACUUCAAGAACCUGCAGGAGAUCGUGGUCAACGAGCGCGUCGACUGGCUCAUCCACUUCAGCGCGCUGCUCUCCGCCAUCGGCGAACGCAACGUGCCGCUGGCCAUGCGCGUCAACGUCGAAGGCGUGCACAACGUCAUGGAGCUGAGCAAGCAGUACCGGCUGCGCCUGUUCGUGCCCAGCACCAUCGGGGCGUUCGGGCCGGACUCGCCGCGAAGCCCGACUCCGGACCUGUGCGUCCAGCGGCCGAGGACCAUCUACGGAGUGUCCAAGGUCCACGCCGAACUGUUGGGAGAGUACUACCACCACAAAUUCGGCCUGGACUUCCGGUGUCUUCGGUUCCCGGGUGUCAUCUCGUACGACAGUGAACCUGGAGGCGGGACCACAGACUAUGCGGUGCAAGUGUUCCACGACGCCCUGAAGUACGGAAAGUUCACCUGCUACCUGAAGCCCGACACACGUCUUCCGAUGAUCUACAUAACGGACUGCUUGCGCGCUCUCAUGGAGAUGAUGGAGGCCCCCUCCGAGAGUCUCAAGCUUCGCACCUACAAUGUCACGGCCAUGGACUUCACGCCCAAGGAGCUGUUCCAGGAAGUUUGCAAGCUGGUGCCCGAGCUCGAGGUCGAGUACAAGCCAGACGGGCGGCAAGCAAUCGCUGACUCUUGGCCGCAAGUGUUCGAUGACAGCAAUGCGCGUCGGGACUGGGGCUGGAAGCCAACCUACGAUUUGGCUCAGAUGUGCAAAGUUAUGGUGGACAAUCUUCGAACCGUCUAUCAACGCUGAUCUGGAAUACCAGCUUAGGAAAAAUAGCCACCUUGUCUCUUCUUCUGGAAACAGCGCAAGCCAAGAAUAAAAGAAAUAGGAGGCUGCAAUUUCUCGGCAUGGGCUGUUUCCCUCAUGACUCGCACGCACCAUCCGUCCACCACUGUUGACAGCAUCGAAGUGCAAUCGUGAUCGGCUGUGAAUUGGAUCCCUAAUUCAGUACAGUGCUUUAAUGAAGACAGCUUGAACCUCUACAUGUAAUCUGAAACGCUCUCUUCAUUGCCAUUUUGAUGCUUCAAGCACACAUCUGUCGCCAACUUCUAGUAACUGCAAGUCAAACUGACUGUUCAUCUCAGCACUUCUCUGCUAGACAACUGAAGCAGUGAGCUUGGCCAGUGGAUUUGAGACAGAGAAAUCAUGACAAGGGCCACUCUGAUGCUGCUACAAAGUUCAAGCAUUAUGAUGAAACCUCCAGAACAUCAGCUUCUCUGUGCGCCGUGUCUCAGUACUCAUUGAUUGCAUUGCACGGCUUUAUUGCCUUCUCACCAAAUCACUUCAGAUAUGCAGUCACCAAAUUAUGUUUGGCAAUGUGGAACACAAGUAGCAAAAGGAUAAAAAGAAAACUAAAAAGCAGAAAGCAAGGAAACAAGUGUAGCUUCACACAAGACAGAUGUUUACAGGACGAUGGAAGUGAUCAACAUGGUGGAGCAAAGGAUGUCUCCGAUCGGAGCCAACGUUCUGACGAGACUUGUUUUUGCGAGGGUCCCAAUGAUGGCAGAUCCCUUUGUCAAACGUUGGCUCCAGCCCAAGACAUCCCUUGCACGACCACUAUUGAUGUAACUUCACGAGUGCGACAGAGGUAAUCACACCGAUUUUCUUCUUUCUUAGCCUCACCUUGUCAUGUGCAACUACAACAUCCACUACUGAAAGUUGUAUGCAUUUUAACCAUCGUAGCUUGUGACCUCAUUCUUAACUUGAAACCUAGAGCAGUUGCAUUCAUAUCACCAUCAGGAAACAGGUGCCGACAAGCCCAAUGUUUAACAUUUCUCGGGAUUCAAAAACCCUGUGAAAAAGCAACAAACUUUCCAAUUCAGCACAGUUUGCGAUUGCAGCUAUGCACUCAAAACCAUGUUAUCUUUGUAAGAAAAAAAAAAACGUUGCUUUUUGUUGAAGUGCGUGCCUUAAAAACGUCUUUCAUUGUGUGACAUCUGUCAAGUUGGAAGUGUUGACAGUGUUUAUCUUUCAGGCAACUUAAAGCUGAAGCUAUGAGGUAACUGCACUAUAAAAAAAUUUCUAGGGCAGGGCUUCUCAGGACCUAUUUAAUAACGUUCUUUGUCUGUCUUUGCAGACAUUACAUAGGGUUGAUAUCAGCAUAUAGGAGCAGAUAUUUAUUCAACUGAACAUACCCUCACUGCUGUGAUGGGCAAACUUUUGUUCAUUUGUCAGUGGCAACUAAACGUAGCAGCACAUUUGGUAAGCAGCGACUGUCAGUGCACACAGUUAUAAAGCAUGAAUUACUGGUACUCCUGGACAGCCUUCUUUCAAACAGGAAUUUUGAGUCUUAUUGACGUUUUGACAGCUUACUGCAGAGCAUACAACAGCAGCUUUAGAUGUAACCUAUACAAUUGUUCAGCACUCAAACUUGUAAACAAGGAGAGCUUUGUGCGUACAUAUUUGCUCUAUGUGAACUUUUCAAAGAGAUGUAUUUCUGCCUUCGUACAGAGCAAUGUAGUGUGUUGGUUAGAGUUGUUUGAGUACUUACAGGCUCUUGUUAUUCAAGACAUUCAGCAUAUGCAUGUGCUGUUAGCUCUAUCUUUUAGAUGCUUGUUACCCAUUAUGUACAAGAAGCUCUUCAGUGGCUGUAUUUUGCAAUUCUGCAUUUUUUCCCUAACACGUUCGCUGCGGCAGCAUUUUUUUUGAAAGUCUCUAUUGGAAACGUAGAAUAUUCACACAAGCAUACUAUUACCACUAAAUGGGCAGGGCGACAUGUUUCAGCGGCCACAGCACCUCACUUGCGCUCGCAGAAAGAAUGUGGCGUGCUAGAAGCACAAAGAUGCCUAAAUAAUAUGUUACUAGACUUAACCUUCACACAUUGUAGAACUGCUAUAUGAAGUACUUUCCCAAUAGAAAGCACUGCAGAUGAAAAACUGCACUGUGAAACAUGCUGCAAGACUUCUUUGACCGCACUACUUGCAUACCUUCUGCCGAGCGGCCUGCUAAGUGUAGUGAUAAUCAAGUGGUAUUCCAUACUGCAUUGCACACUGAACUGAACUGUUCAUUGAAGCAGCACUCUUGAGGUAUAUAUGAAAGAAACUAAGUUUUUCUACUACCUGACACAGCAUAAUCAUGUUUCAGCACUUGCAGUCAGUGGGCCUUUAGCACGCCUGCUAAUCGCAGUUGACUGUCCUCGUGUGAUGCGGUUCACAGACCAGUCUUAGGAUUUUUUGGGUGGCAUGUUAGCUGCAGCACUGAGAAGCUGCAUAACGCAAACGUUAAAACACUGAACAUUAUACAUCAGGUCAUGUCUUGCAAGAGACCCAUCAAUGACUUAAUUUCCAUCUUCCUUGAACUUAAGAGCCACAGAUUGAGACGUAAAAUGUUCAGCUUAAAAAAACAAGACGCACAGAUGAUGACAAACAUGGAGUGCUCUACUUGUCUCUAGGUUUCGUCUUUCUUGCAUUCUUGUUACAAUGCACAUUCUACAUCUUGUCAUCCUAAACCAAAUCACCCACUGAACAGGUUUGAUUCAACUGGUUUGAGAGGGAAGUUGACUGCCUUAAGAAUGGUAACAGAUAUUUCUCCUCUGAAAGCGUGGCACUUUGUUGACAAAGAUUGUAUGCUAUUACUGCAUGGACCAUCGAUUUAUAAAAUUAGGACAGCUGAAACUACAAGCUGACAACACUGUGCACAUUACAGUCAUUGUGUACAUGAUUAUGUGCAAGUACUUCACUGUUUUAAACAAGAGUCGUUGAAUGCAGUGAACCCCUUUACUAUGUUUCACAGGAGUGCAUGAAUGGAAUGUAGUAAAUGCAUUGUGCUAACAUGCUGUUAUAUGGACCACAAAAACAAAUGCACAGCUAACUUAGAUUGACGGAUCUAACUUUCGCUUGCUUGCUUUCAGGAAUACAUUCACUUUUACGGGAUGUAGUGCCUAAUGAGAUUUCUCAUUUGAGUGAUACACAUUCCACCUUAACUAAUCAGCGCUCGCUAAUAUAGAUAUUCUCGAAAAUGAUUGCUGACAACACAACCCCAGUUUUUAAAGAACAAUCUAUCGGACUAAAUCAAGUCAGUGUCUCUUGCUGGUAAUUUUUAACACACCAGAGACCAACCUUCAGCAAUGGUAUAACCGCGGAAAAGUAUCCGUGAAGGAUGUAUUAAUGGGGUUCUGCUGUGCCUGUUUUAUACACUGACAAAAGGAUGGACAUUCCACCAUUUCUUGCUUCUUAUUCCGUUUUUGUCUCGGAGGAAGGAAUGGAUUGUUAAAACAGAAUAUUUAUUAAAAAUUGCUGAAACCUCUUC